AUGAAUGGGGUAGUUGAGGUUGCAAAUAAUAAUAUCAAGAAGAUUUUAAGGAAAAUAGUGGACAGUCAUAGGCAAUGGCAUGAGAAGCUACCAUAUGCUUUGCUCGGUUAUCACACCACAAUCAGAACGUCAACUGGGGAAACCCCUUAUAUGUUGGUUUAUGGUUCGGAGGCAGUAAUACCUGUCGAGGUGGAAACACCAACUUUAAGGAUUAUCCAAGAGGUUGUUCUGGAUGAUGCAGAAUGGAUACGUAGCAGGCAUGAACAAUUGAUGCUCAUCGAUGAAAAGAGGAUGGACGCGGUUUGUCAUGGACAACUCUAUCAGAACAAAAUGACCAAAGCAUUCAACAAGAAAGUCAAACCUCGACAGUUCACACCGGGGCAAUUAGUAUUGAAGAAGAUCUUUCCUCACCAAGGAUAA